CAGAGCGCUGAGCAGAACGGGGGUCCGGCACAUGCAGAAGGUAUGUUUAAGUGCCACGCUUCCACAUCAAUAACUGCCAGAGGGAAAAAGAUUUAGACCUUCCGACAGCGACCGGUAACAAAGACAAAGAAAAAACUGCAGCGCUACCAGACGACAUGAGGAAAGGAGAGAUGACAGAGGAACACUAAGAAGGAUGAGAGCCCUGACCAUGGCUGUGUGCUCUGCCUCUGUGCUGCUGCUGUGUGUGCUGCUGCUGCUGGGGGGCCCAGUGCACUCCAUCUGCCCCGCGGUGUGCUCCUGCAGCCGGGGACACCGCGUGGUGGACUGCUCGUCCAGAGGCCUCACCAAACUACCGCCUGGUCUGCAGCACAACAUCCGCUUCCUCAACUUCUCUUUUAACAGCUUGCAGGGUCUGGAGAGCCAGCUCACCCACUAUGCCCACCUCCGCACGCUGGACCUCUCCUACAACCGGCUGGACGCUUUGCCCCCCGCCCUGCCGCGCUCUCUGUGGGACAUCCGAGCGGCAGGGAACCACAUGCGCUCGCUGGACAAGAACAACACGGCCUACCACUGGAACCUGAAGGUGUUGGACCUGUCGGGGAACGAGCUGGAGAGGGUGGUCUUCAUAAACAACACGCUGCCCAGCCUCCACUCUCUCAACCUCAGCCACAACAGGUUCUGGACUGUGCCCACCAACAUGCCGCACAACCUGCAGAUUGUCGAUUUGUCGCACAACUAUCUGGUGCAGAUCCUGCCUGGCUCUCUGGACCGCCUGCCGAGGCUGGCGCAGUUCUACCUGCACGCUAACAGCUUUUCCACGCUGACGGAGGGGAUAUUUGAGAAGCUGACGGGGCUGCAGGUGAUGACUCUAGGGGAUAACCCCUGGGCUUGCGAAGAAGAGGAAAACAUGACUAUGCUCCUGGCGUGGGCGGAGCACAGCCCUGCAACCAUCCUAGGCUGUCCCUGUUACACUCGACCCAUCUGCGGGCAGAGCCGUCAGUCCACACCGGGGCACUCGGCGCUGUUCACAGAGCCCCCACUCUGGGUCGAGAGCAGAGCUGAAGGGUAUGAUGGUGAAUCCCCCGCGAGGACUGGGGAGGUCACGUCUAACUACCAGGUCAAAUCGGCUCUCUUUGAGACGGGAAUGUAUCAGGACAGAAGAGGCACAAAUGGAUCUGAGGACCAGGGGAUGUUGGUCUGGACAUCCACUACGAGUUUGGACGGAUUCUCCGUGCACGCAAGCACAACAACAACAACGACGACAACGAGAAAGCCCAAAGUUUCUAACUCGAGGAAUAAAUGUCUCAGACUCUUCAUGGAGACUCAAGAAACGGUCACUCUGACUGUUUUAGUCAUGACAGCAGCAUUCUUCUGAAGCAAAACACUGCUUUUAAGAUUAUUCUGGACAGUGAAUGUAUGACCAACUUACUCGAUUUACAUUUUUUGUAAAAAAAAAAACGACUGUUACUGCCUUUUGUCACCAGUAUAGCAUCAUGUUUUCAACUAGCUCAACAUGACAAUAUCUCAGCUUGCACCUAAGACUGCUGUGCUCUACGCUUUCUUUAUAAUAGUGAUGCUCGCGCUCUAUUAGCCCUGCUGAGCCAUUCAGAACUGGAUUGAUAUACUUUACAUAACACUCACUUACACCCUAUUCAAACUGUCACUGAGUAGUAAGGUCUACACAACAACACAGGAAAAGAGGUAAGAAUA